AUGUCUGAAAUUGCCGCAGCUGCAGAGCAACUUCAGCAGCUUUAUAGAAAUUUUUACACUCAAGGUAAACCUGAUGAAGCCACACAUCAGCAAUUGCUUCAAAUCUACAAAAAUCCUUCCAAUAUUGAAAUUAUGAUUCAUCUUGCGAAAAACACUAAUGAUCUUAACGUAAAGAAGCUUGCUUAUACAGGUAUUACUGCUAUGACUAAACAAAAUAAAAAAUAUCCAGAUCCAUACAAUUCUGGCCUUAUUGACCAAUUAUUAAGUUUAAUUCCAAUAGCCCCAGAUGUAAAGUAUCAAUAUACGAUAAUCGAUCGUAUUGGCAACUUUAUUUUAACAAGUUCUUAUGAUGAAGAAGUUCAGAGCGAAAUUUACCUACUGUUAGCACAGAAUUUAACGGAAAUGAUUGGAAAUUCCAAUGCUCUUCCAGGUGUUUUCUACUUAUGGAAAGAUCUCAUCUGUUUCCCAGUUAUUUACGAAAAUUAUGGCAGCUACAUCAUGGAAACUCUUCUUCCGAUUGCAUUUCAUGCUUUUCAAGGUGAGUCAUCUGAUGUACGCAUUUCAUCUCUUGAAUUCGUCAUUACUUCCAUUCAUAAUUUAAUAGAAUUUCUUGAGAUCGAUGGCGAGACUUUAAACAAUAUCUGCACCAUGGUCAUCAAUGUUGCAGACUUUGAGAUCAAGCAGAGUGUCCAAGAAGCCACUUCUUACUUUAAUAACCUUUAUACAUGCAUUGAAGAGUGUUUCGAUGCCCAAGAGCCACUACUUCCACUUGUAUUCAAAGUGUGCGCUUAUAUACAGGACACAGACAUUCCAAUUGAAAUCAGACGAAAUUCAGUCCAAAUUUUGACAAUUUUCAUCAAUAUGCAGCCAGAAAACCUCGGAGAAGGACUUGAAGAGAUCAUUCAAGCAGUCGUGAACUUCUCUCUUGAAUUGGCCCAAGAAAAUCAAGAUGAAGGAGGAUAUAAAGACACUUCCCUCUUCUUUAUCGAAGCUGUUAAAGCCAUUGAAUAUAUUAUGCAUAACAGUAUCCAGUUCCUUAUGCCAAUCUUCAGUUCUCUCUUCACAGCUCAAGAUGAACAAUCAUUUCUCGUUCUUCUCAUGAUUUCCACGGCCAUUACGUCAGAUUCGCCAACAACAGUGGUCGAAAUGUACUCAGACCUCGAAGCAGUCGUUGUUUCAUGCCUACAAUCCGAAAUUUCUUACUUGAUCGACGCCGCUCUUGAUUUUCUCAAGGAACUGGUAGAGAAUUCACCAUCUAUAGCCGUCCAUAUACAAGAGAAAUUCGAGGAAUACUUCCUACAAAUGGCAGAAAACGAAAAUGUCCUCCAAAUUUUGGCAACUAUCUACAAUUACAGUGAAAUACCACCUGCAAACCCACAACAGUCCCUUGAAAUACUCCUCCAGCAGUUCUCUUCUAGCUCUUCUUAUCACCACGAGUUGGCAUUCGCUGCAAUCUCCUCUUUGAUCAAGAAUUUGAGGGAUCUACCGGAAGGUCUUUACGCCACGGUCAAGCCAAUCAUCGACGAACUCGUUAUUUCUGGAACAGGAGCAAUUGGAAGCGCAUUAAAAGGAUUUGCCGCUUUCGCUCUUGCUGAUCCGACCACUGUUACUGAAGACCUCGAGAACAUGGUCAAAGUAGUCUUGGAGGCCUUGAAAGUUAAGGAUAAUGAGCUUAUAAACAGCGCAUUAUUAACUGCCAUUGAAUUAUUCCAGUUGUUCCCAAUUUCUAUUGCCAAUUACGCACAGCCAUUCUUUGAAGAGGGCACAAGGAUUGCAGGAAUGCUUGCAAGAAUGGAAAAUGACGAAGAAGAAGAUUUUAUUGAAGAAGAGGAUCAAGGAAUGGAUUUGAUGAACCAGGAUGAUGACGAAGAGAAAUACGAGAAGUAUUAUGCACAAGUCUGUGAAAAAUCUGGCCACGCUUUCCAAUUAAUUUCACUUAUAUUCAAAAACUAUCCACAACAGUUCACCGACCACGCCGAUGAAAUCAUCGAUAUCUGGAGAGGGUUGGAUGACAACGAAAACCCUUUGGCUUUAUUGUAUGUAUAUUGCAGCCUUCCAGACCUUAUCUUUGGCCUCAAUAAAAAUGGCCAGGACAUUUCGGAUGUAUUUACAACAGUUAUCGAGAAUUUUGCAAGUAAAGAUGAUCAAGAUAUUAACGUCAAGCUCUGGGAUUGCAUUGGCUACGUUAUAAGAAUUUCCAAUGCAGAGAUAGCUUCACAGUAUGCCCAGAAAAUCUUCGUAAAUAUCGUUGGAAUUCUCUCAUGCUCACAAUCUAUAUAUCUCAGACAGAAUGAGAAGGGAAGACUUGAACCAAUAUUCAUUAAACCAAUUAUGAACGCAAUUACCGAGCUUUUCGUUAAGCUUGGUCGAACAGUUUCCGAAAUUGUCCUCCAAAUUGGAGAAGAUGGCCAAGCAAUUACAACCCCAUGCCUUGAUGCAUUAAUCCCAUACCUUCAGAACAUAUGCAAGGACAAGAAUCCAAUCGUUAGAUCAAGCGCUAUUAAUACCUUAUCUUUCAUCUCUUCAUACUUCCCAGAAAACACAGAAUUAAUGUCCUCCAUAUGCGAAUUAGCUGAAAAGGACUUGGAUGUCAACUACAAUGAUGUUAAAAUCAACUUAUUCCAGGCAUUUAAUUUCCUUGUUUGGGCAAAUAAGGAAUUGGUUGCUCCAAGAGCUAAUACAUUGGUUAAUUUGGCAAUGGAGAUGAUAAAGAAUGAAGAAAUCAACGAAACAACUAAAUUCGACCCUGCAGUUCUUUGGGCAUCACUCAUAGAAUUGUACGAAUUAUCUCCUUCGAUGGAGGAGUUGGAAGCUGUCAUAAAUGUCCUUCCUGGAUGUGCCCACGACUACCAACUUAAAUAUUCUGCUCAUUUCGCCUCUUUCCUCAUGCAGAAGUAUCCUAACGCUAUUCAGGGUGAGCCAAUAGUAAGAUUCGCUACAACAAUCAUCGGUUCGAUGAUGCUUUGUUCGAAUACAUCGAUCCGAACGACUCGUCCUUUUGGCUCAGGCAAUUAA